CCUGUAGCUAAAAACAAAUCGCCGUUAUCGCAUUCUCCAUUUCGUCAAGCGGUCUCGGGGAGCAAAAGGCCGAAAAGCAGGAAGUUUCUGGAUCGAUCGAGCUAGAGGCAGUGAAACAAUGGCGGAGAAGAGCUUCAAGUACGUGAUCGUCGGUGGUGGAGUCGCUGCGGGUUAUGCCGCUAGGGAGUUUUCGAAGCAAGGUGUCAAGCCUGGAGAGCUUGCGAUCAUUUCCAAGGAAGCGGUAGCUCCUUAUGAACGCCCUGCACUCAGCAAGGCGUACCUAUUUCCUGAGGGGUUUGCAAGACUUCCAGGAUUCCAUGUGUGUGUUGGAAGUGGAGGAGAGAGACUGCUCCCAGAGUGGUACAAAGAGAAUGGCAUCGAGUUGAUUCUGAGCACUGAAAUAGUUAAAGCAGAUCUUGCAGCCAAGACCCUCAUAAGUGCAGCUGGAGAAUCUUUCAAGUAUCAAAUUUUGAUCAUCGCAACUGGUUCAACUGUUAUCAGGUUGACAGAUUUCGGUGUACAAGGAGCUGAUGCCAAAAACAUCUUCUACUUGAGAGAGAUUGACGAUGCUGACAGGCUGAAUGAAGCUAUUAAAGCCAAGAAGAACGGAAAAUGUGUGAUUGUUGGGGGAGGCUACAUUGGUCUGGAGCUUGCUGCAGCCAUGAGGAUCAACAACUAUGAUGUUACCAUGGUGUAUCCUGAACCUUGGUGCAUGCCUCGGCUUUUCACUGCUGAUAUAGCUGCCUUCUAUGAGGGUUACUAUGCCAAUAAAGGAAUUAAGAUAAUUAAGGGGACAGUUGCUGUCGGAUUCACUGCUGAUGCCAGUGGAGAGGUCAAGGAGGUCAAACUGAAGGAUGGUAGGGUAUUGGAGGCUAACAUCGUUGUUGUUGGAGUUGGUGGUAGACCGCUUACCACACUAUUCAAGGGACAGGUUGAAGAGGAGAAAGGUGGAAUCAAGACUGAUGGGUUCUUUAGAACUAGUGUUCCUAAUGUAUAUGCGGUGGGCGAUGUUGCUACUUUCCCAUUGAAGUUGUACAAUGAAAUCAGGAGAGUUGAACAUGUGGACCAUGCUCGUAAAUCAGCCGAGCAGGCUGUAAAGGCCAUCAAGGCGAGUGAGGAAGGGAAAUCUACUGAGGAGUAUGAUUACCUUCCCUACUUCUACUCCCGCUCGUUUGACCUCUCAUGGCAGUUCUAUGGUGACAAUGUUGGAGACACUAUCCUUUUCGGGGACAACAAUCCAACUCUACCCAAGGCUAAGUUCGGAUCCUACUGGAUCAAGGACGGUAAGGUCGUGGGAGUUUUCCUUGAGAGUGGGACUCCAGAAGAGAACAAGGCGAUUGCCAAAGUUGCAAGGGUCCAGCCUCCUGUUGAGAGCCUGGAACAGUUGAAAGCUGAAGGCCUCGCCUUUGCCAGCAAGAUCUGAACCUCGGGGAGUUGCAUGGAAUCACCGUUUGUGUCCAUACAAGCUCAAUACUAAGUAAUAAGAAGAGUGAUUCUAGCUUUGCAUUGGCUGUUCGCUUGUUUAGAUUGUCACUUCUUUCAAGUAAAUUCUGGCACUCGGUUUUGUAAGUUGCUCUGCCGAUAACUAUUUAUUGUUAAUUGCUAAUCCACGAGAUGCAAUCAUAAGCUUUUGGUCUAGUA